CAAUUCGCAAACAUAGCCAUGUAUGGAGGGCCUAAAAUGCAUGGGUCAUAUCGCUAUAAAAGCCAGGUGUGAGAGCACGGUAUGUCCUCAACAGUGGUCCCACAACACCGCUCCAGCAUCUCCUACUCCUCUGCUCUCUUCUCCAAAUCUCUUCUCUUACAUUCAGCCUUGCACGGACAUCAUUGAACCAUGUAUUCCGGAUAUCCUGCUUCUCAUCUCCAAUUUAUGACCCCCUAUGGCGGCUCCAGGUCCCGUCAUCCUCCCAUUCCUCGUUCUUACGCGAGGUCGGGAGAAGAGGAGGACCAACCGUACAUGCCUCACUACGGCGGAGGUAUCAAAGUUCAGGAUCGUGACUCGCCUGCGUUGAGAUCACCGAUUUUGGCGCCGUCCCCCGGUCAAGAGAUCUCGUUAUUAGAUCAAGAGGCGUCUGAAUCACGCAGUCCCGAGAUGUGGGCGCGCUCUCCCAACCCUGGUUAUGAACACGGAGGACAACCCGGACCAGCGCGUCCUUUUGACGCUUCGGGACGCUCCCAUGCUUCGGGCUACGGGUCUGCCACUUCCCAGCGCGGAUCGAACUCUCCUCCCGGCGGAUACCCCUCGACCUCAGCUACAGCCUAUCCCCCGAGAUACGCGACCUCAGUAACCGGUCUUCCAUCUCCUUUCGCGUCCUUGGAUCCCGGACCGCGCUACUACCGUCGACACACCCUCGAACAGUCUCCCCAAGGUGACCCUAAACCCGAAUCCCCAGACCUUACACCCUUCUUAGCAAGGGCAGACACCCAAUACGACUUACCCGAACCCGGCGAUUACCUACGACAAUUCCUCAAUCUCCCACGCGGGGCCCCAGUCCGCCUCGAGUCUCUCACCAAUCCACGCGAUAGAGAUGGAAGGCCUCCUUACACCAUCAUCCAAUUAGCUGCAGCCGCGAUCUACAGUCACCCCCACCAAAAAGCUUCCACGGCUGAAAUCAGAGCUGCAAUCCUCGCGCGCUUUGAAUAUUUCCGACAGAAUGAGGGUACCUUGAAGGAAACACUCAAACAUGCCUUGUCCUCUCAUGACCUUUUCAAGAAUAUGGGACGUACUACGACCGAACCUGGGAGAGGCGGUCUUUGGGCUAUUGAUAUUACUAACCCUGAAGGAAGGCGUCCUCGCAAACGUAGGAGCACUCGGUCUCCCGAAGAUGGGGGUUCCCCAUCCAGCAGCCAUAGCAGUGGCUCUGCUUAAUCCAAUUGGGCAUCCACCGGUGCCAUCUUGUUUUGAAUAGAAUCUCCUCUAUGCCAUCCCAUUUUUUCAUCUUCCUAUAUCACGACUUGUACUUCCACGAUUUCUCUUUUAUAGCUCUUGUAAACGCUAUACUGUUGUAUAUGUCCUGUACUGCUCGAAUACCACUUCAUUCUUCUACACUCCUCUUGUAAAAUCCAUACUCUUGCAAAUGUCCUGUAUUACUCAAAUACCG